UGACGUUGCUAGGCAACGAGACUCAAACAAGUGUACUACUCAGCGUCCAACUGAAGAAUUUGGUGUAAAUUAGUUAGAAAGUUGUUUAAAACUUUAGACGAACGUCACAGAUAAAAGAUAAAGACUAAAGAUAUAGCAUGGUUGCCUCUCUUGCUGCUCCAUGUGGAUUGAAGAUGAAUAUGACUGACGGAAAUACCUCUUACCAACUGAAAUAUACAGAUAGAUGCCCAAACAUACCGAAGGCCGGGAAACUAAUACCUGCAGGAGACCGGGCUAAGGUUUGCUUUCAAGAAGUGGCAAGGCCCCCCACUCCACCUGUGGUAAGGAAAUUCCGCAACAGCAUCCAACCAGAACCAGGAGCUAUCAGAGUGCACCAAGGGAAGGCAAAUGAUCCAGAUGUUGCCAGCACCCUAGUUCAUGGCAUCACCACCAAAUCUUCCCUCACAGGCAGAAGCUUGCUAAAUCCUCCCCAAAAGACCUUGUUCCAACAAAGGUUACAAGAGCUCAGUGAAACAGUGUAUGCCUCAAGUAAAAAAGCACCAGCUGGCAGGUUCUAUGAUCGGCAUGUUGGACUUCCCCCCUGGUAUAACGACAAAACUACAUGUGGUGUAAAAACAGUUAGAGGGUUAGACGUACGUGAGAUUAUUAACCCUUCAAAAACAGCAGAGGAGGUGGAGAGGGAAGCUCAGGAGGGACACGAGGCUUACAUUCGUAGCCACAAUGCCUAUUUUGUUGGAGAGCGGAUUGAUAGGAAGUACGACUGGAGUCACUACAGUAAAGACAGGAGGUUUGGGAUCCUCACACCUCAUUUCAACGACGGCCGUAAUCUCGGCAAAACUCUCCGCUGGCUGGGGGAGACACAGAGGUUUUACAAUCCAAAGACUGUUUGGAAGAGAUCUGGGAACAAGGAAAAGAUGGCGCCACUAAUUGGCAAAAUUAACAAAUUGAGGGGAAGUACCUUGAAUGUUCCACCAGAUCACACCUUUGGAAAUCUGUUGCCGCCGGAUGAAUUUGGUGUUGGAGAUAUCAUCCACUCCGCGGAGCCGGGCCAGUACGUGAGAGGCCGAGACCGACAGCGCAGCCUGGUCAACGCGGUGCAACACCACCUCAAGAAGCUCAACUUCCACAACUUUCCCUCCCUGCUGCAGGCGUUCAGACAUUAUGACAAGAAAGGCAAGGGAAUGAUUGACAAAGAGGACCUGCAGGCAGUGUGCCGGCAGUUCCAGCUGGGCGUGAGUGGGCCGGUUCUAGAUGGCCUGAUGGACUACUGUGACACAGACAAGGAUGGACUAAUCAACUUCCUGGAGUUUGCUAACUUCCUCAACUGGAAGGACAAGAUGCCCAUCAACAGUCGAGAGCAACGCAUUAUGACGAAUGAGCACCAGACCAGCACGGCUCCAGCCAACAUAGAGAGGAAGCCUUCGUCAGAAUCAGCACAGCUUCCCGUCUCUCGGGCUUUGAUUAAGCCCGAGGACCUGGAGCCUGUUGAGCCAGGCAGCUCACUGAAGACUCUCAGGACCCUGAGGCGACCCAGGGCAGUACCAGAGCACUUCAGGACCUCCUCCUCCCUCAUCGGGGCUGUCAGUGAUGGUGUGUUCACAUCAAACAGCCGCACCUAUGGGAUCCCGUCUGUGCGCUCCGACCUUCCAGCUCCACGCAUAAAAAGAGUCAGUGACACUAACAACUACGGUGAUACGUCCACGGCUGCAGAUCUUCUGCAUCCAUCAGUUCAUGCCCUUUGGGGUGUUCAUAAGGAGCACUUCUUCUGUCCUCGCACCAAGAACGAGAUUGCAGAGAUCUUCAGGAAUGUAGGUGUGAAUAUUUCUGAGGAGACGUUCGAGGAGGCCUGGAAGCUGGCGUCCAUGAAGCAUCCGGCCGGGGAGGUUUGUGUCGAGGUUUUCCGUGAUGUACUCAAGGAAAUAAAAGCAAUGUAAUACUCAA